AUGCGACAAAAUCCAGCAACUGCGAAUGCUAUGGCAGCAAAAAUGUACGAGGAGAGGUUAAAGCUCCCUUCUCAAAGGGAUUCUCUGGAUGAGGCAUCAUUGAAGCAAAGGUAUGGGGAAAAUGCUGGCCAAGCACUUGAUCCAAACCAAACGUCGUUGAAAGCAGCCGCAGGCGGACAAUCUUCAGGGCAAAUUUUGCAUGGAGCUGUUGGUGGAUUGUCAGGUGCUCUGCAACAGGUUCAGGCAAGAAGCCCACAAAUGCCUAUGCAAGAACAGAGUAUCAAAACUGAGAUCAAUCCAGUUUUGACACCCAGAAGUGCAGGUCCCGAGGGAUCAUUCAUUGGUGUCCAAGGAUCUAGUCAAGGUGGAAGCAAUUUGACUCUGAAAGGUUGGCCACUCACGGGCCUCGACCAGCUUCGCUCUGGUAUCCUGCAGCCGAAGUCAUUUAUGCAAUCUCCACAACAACAAUUUCAACAGCUCCAAUUUCUGAAUCCACAACAGCAACAGCAGCUUUUGAUGCAAGCGCAGCAAAACAUGGCUUCCCCUACAGUUAGUGAUGUUGAUACCAGAAGAUUAAGGAUGCUUCUUAACAAUAGAAAUAUGGCCAUGGGGCAGGAUGGGCAGACAAACAGUGGUGGGGAUAUUAUUCCAAAUAUCGGUUCUCCUAGCCAAAGUGGUGGAUCACGUACAGAUAUAGACAUGCUAAUAAAGAAGCAGAUAACAGCUACACAGAACUACCAACCAAAAAUACAUAAGAAAAUUGCUCAUUUACAACAGCAACAUCAGCUUCAGCAAUCUACAGUCUCCAGUCAGCAAUCUCAGAGCUCAAAUCAGCUUCUCCAGCAACAGGAAAAGCCUGGAGUUGGAUGCAUGCCUAUUGAUGGAAGCAUACCAAACUCUUUUGUAGUAGCUGACCAAGCAUCAAAGAAGAGAAAGAAACCUGUCUCCUCUAGUAGAGCUAAUAGUUCAGGAACAGCAAAUACUGCUGGGCCAUCUCCAAGUUCUGCACCUUCGACGCCUUCAACUCACACACCAGGAGAUGCAAUGUCCAUGCCACAGCUGCUGCAUAAUGGUGGUCCAUCAAAACCAUUGAUGAUGUUUGGUUCUGAUGGCACUGGAAGCUUGACCUCUCCAGUAAACCCACUGGGUGAUGUGGACCGUUUGCUGGAAGAUGGCUCCUUGGAUGAAAAUGUAGACUCAUUUUUAUCACAGGAGGACAUGGAUCCUCGGGAAACCAUGGGACGCUGCAUUGAUGCCAGUAAAGGGUCUGGUUUCUCCGAGGUUGCAAAAGCCCGUGCGAGUACAGGCCAAGUUAGCUGUUGUCAUUUCUCGCCAGACGGAAAACUGCUCGCCACCGGAGGCCACGAUAAAAAGGCUGUUUUAUGGUUUACAGAUGCCCUAAACCCCAAAUCUACAUUAGAAGAGCACUCGAUGCUUAUUACAGAUGUUCGAUUUAGCCCAAGCAUGACCCGCCUUGCAACAUCUUCCUUUGACAAAACUGUGCGGGUUUGGGAUGCUGACAAUCCAGAUUAUUCACUCCGCACUUUCACGGGUCAUUCAGCGUCUGUUAAGUCGCUUGAUUUUCAUUCAAAUAAAGAAGACAUCGUUUGCUCCUGUGAUAGUGAUGGGGAAGUGCGCUGCUGGAGCAUAAACAAUGGUAGCUGUGUGACGUGUGUUAGGGUCUUCAGUGGAGGUGCAACUCAGUUGAGAUAUCAACCUCGUCAAGGGAAAUAUCUUGCAGCUGCCUCUGAGAAGAUGAUAUCAAUAUUGGAUGCAGAAACACUACAAGUGUGUAGGAAUGCCUUAAAGGGACACAUAAAGAACAUCGAGUCGAUUUGUUGGGAUGCUGCAGGUGACUAUCUGGCCUCUGUAAGUGAAGAUUCUGUCAAGGUGUGGUCAUUUACUUCAGGAAAUGAUGGCGAGUGUGUGAAUGAGUUGAAUUGCAGUGGAAACAAGUUCAAUUCAUGUGUUUUUCACCCGAAUUAUCCGUCAUUGCUUGUAAUUGGUUGUUACGAGUCCUUGGAACUUUGGGACAUAAGGGAGAAGAAUACGGUGACCAUCAGCAACGCCCAUGACGGCUUAAUUGCAGCCCUAGCUGCAUCAAAUGCAUCAGGGUUGGUCGCCUCAGUAAGUCAUGAUAAGCUUGUCAAGCUCUGGAAGUGA